CUUCAUUUAAAUUACAGUCUGAGCAAUACACAGCACACUCCUCACCAGCGCUCUUUGUUCAAGGACUUCAAAGAUGUUCUACAUCUCUUUAUUUUUGCUUUUCUUUUUCAAUGCAACUCUGAGCAUAAAAAUCUGCUCCUUCAAUGUGAGGUCUUUCGGAGAAGCAAAAAGGGCCAGACCUGAAGUCUUAGAUGUCAUUGUAAAGGUUAUUUCUCGCUGUGACAUCAUGCUACUGAUGGAAAUAAAGGACAACAGCAACAAGAUAUGCCCCCUUUUAAUAGAAAAACUCAAUGGUCAGUACCAAGAAGAAUAUGACUACGUGAUCAGUACAAGGUUAGGAAGAAAGUCCUAUAAGGAACAAUAUGCUUUUAUCUAUAGAUCAAAUGUGGUGUCAGUGAAGGGAACCUAUCAGUAUCCAGAUAUUCAGCCUGGAGAUGUAGAUGCUUUUUCUAGAGAACCCUUUGUUGUCUGGUUCAAGUCUCCAAAAACUGUUGUUAAAGAAUUCGUGAUAAUCCCUCAGCACACCACACCUGAAACAGCUGUGCGGGAAAUUGAUGAGCUCUAUGAUGUGUAUUUAGAUGUCAAACAGCACUGGAAAUCUAAGAACUUCAUCUUCAUGGGGGACUUCAACGCUGGCUGUGGUUAUGUUCCAAAGAAGCACUGGAAGAACAUCAGGCUGAAAACUCACUCUGAGUUUGUGUGGCUAAUUGGUGACAAAAACGACACAACAGUUAGGAACAGCACAAACUGUGCAUACGACAGAAUUGUGAUCCAUGGUGAAAAGCUCAUCAACGCUGUUGUCCCAAACUCAGCUGAUAUCAUUGAUUUUCAAAGGGCCUUUGGAAUGACUGAAGAGCAGGCUCUGGAAGUUAGUGAUCACUUUCCAGUAGUGUUUGAACUUAAAACUACACGGGGUUUCCUCAACGGACCAAGAUCACUUGCUGCAAAGAAAAGAAAAACAAGAACUCUCCACCAUUUGUCGUCCUAGGCACCUUGGAUUCUCUUGCUAUCAUCCUUUCUGUGUACAUUAAAAUAAUAAAAACACACCCCAAACAUUCACUUUAAAACAACAGAUAAUGUUUAAAACUUAGCCUAGUUGUACUCUUUCCUGAUGCAAUAUUUAGUAGAAAAAACCAAUACUUUGUUUAAAUGUGAAAUAUUAUCUAGGAAGAUGAAUGAAGUCUGCAGAUUAUUAUAAGCUAACUAAAAAUAAAUCAGCUAAAAUUAACAUUGCUGAAUUCUUGUCAUGCUAAUACAAAUGUAGGGAGAUAUUUUAAUGUGAAAUGCUUUCACACACUCUACUUCUAGGCCUGUUGGACUGAGAAGUCUGUUUAUUCAUAAUUGUUCUAGAAUUCUGGCAUUCCUGUUUUGUGUCAUACAGGUAAAAACUUUUAGUGUCAGGGGCUCAGAAUAGCACUGCAAGGGUAGCACUACUUGAAGUAUACUCUUAUUCUGCUCUUUGGGACAGAUCAAUUAACUUCAACUGAGCUAUGGCAGUUUACACCAGCUAAGGAUCUGGCCCAUUAACCCACCAUGUUUCAGAAUACAGUCACUCCUCACUUAAAGUCAUCCCGGUUAACAUUGUUUCGUUGUCGAUCAAUUAGAGAACAUGCUUGUUUAAAGUUGCGCAAUGCUUCCUUAUAAGAUUGUUUGGCAGCCACCUGCUUUGUCCACUGAUUGCAGAAAAAGCAGCCCCCCCAUCAGCUGGUGGGGGCUUGGAACCAGGGUGGACCGGCAGCCCCCCCAUCAGCUCCCUGUUCCCCUAAGUUCCCUGUGCGGCAGCCACCCAGCAGGCUAUCAAUUGUGGGCAGUUCAGCUGUCCCUCCCCCCACUGCCAUAUGUUGCUCCUGCCCUCUGCCUUGGAGCUGCUUCCCGGAGCCUCCUGCUUGCUGUGACGGGGGGAGAAGAGCUAAUGUCAGGGUGUCCCCCUCCCCCCUGCUCCUUCACCCCGCUUACCCCAUCUCCAUAGAGCAGGGAGGACAUACGACAAGGCUCAGGACGGAGGGAGCUGUCUCAACUUGCUGAAUCUACUUAAAAAGGCAGUGUACUUAGAGUGCGAUCAGCAUAUUUAAAGGGGCAAUGCACAUCUCUCUCUCUCUCUCUCUCUCUCUCUCACACACACACACACACACACACACACACACACAGUGUGUCUCUGUCUGCCAUGCUGUCUCCCCUCCAUCCAUUCGUGUUGCCUUGUAGAGUGUGAAGCUAGAUUAACAACAAUGGGUUAACGCUUGAGGGCUCAGCCGAUUGCUAGUUCAUCAUUUAGCAGUAAGGCAUUCCCUGGGAAAUAUCCCACCGUCUGACUUCACUACCUCAACCAAGCUUCACAAUCAUCAUUGCUGUGUACCAGUAUUAAAUUGUUUGUUUUAAACU